AAACACCUUCCCGUAAUUAAGCUCAACCCUACCCUCCUUGCAGCUACUGACGACGUUCCCGCCCAUUGACGAGUCGGGGAGCUCGUGAUUUGUUCGUCGCCGGCCGGUUUUUUGACCCUGCCGCCGGCGCGCUUCCCGCAGAGGCUCAACGCGAAUACGUAUCGGAGAAAGAAGAACAAUAAAUCAAGCUGCAAGGAUAUGUCAACAAUCGGAAUUGGAAAUGAAGGGGACACGGCUGCAGUGGUUAAGCAUCGAUUCCUAGGGUUUCUAAUUUGGCAAUCGGUUCAAUCAACGCUAGUUUACUUUGUUUUUAAAUCCGUAUUAUUCUCCUUUCCCUUUGUUAGGACUAGGAACCCGCCAUUCGCUCCCUCUCUCAUCGUCGGUUUCUUCGCCUUUCUCACUUUCCACCUCUCUCUCCUCCUCUUCUCCACCUCCUUCUCUGCCGUGGCCUCGCCUCAGCCCCACAGCCCGGCCUCCCCCUCGGAUCUGGCUCUCGGCCUCGUCCGCCUCGUUUUCGUCUCCGGUGGCCAGUCCUUUCCCACUGAUUUCCGUCGUCGAGCGAGGAUUUCUCUCAGUUUGAUCCUCUUCGUCAUUGCUUGUGCUCUGUCCGGUUCUCUCUCGCUGCUUUCUGUGUGCUGGAGCUGUUUUGAUGCUGGAGGGUCCCCGCCGCGGAAAUACGUCUUGGCAACACUCGGGUUUAGAGGGCUCACUGUUGGGCUCUUUUACGGGCUUUAUUACGUCUACAAGCAGCGAUGGGGUUUGCAGUUCCCUAUUGUUCAGCGUCCUGCUUUUUUCAGCUUCAAGAUGGGUCUCCCUUUGGCUACUCAACAGGCUUUAAAGCUUUCUAUGGCAGCUUACCUCCUCUCAGCUGUGUUGGCAGUAUUUCUUCAUUAUGAGUUAAAGGGUCAGGUUACAAUGGGAAAAUUAAUUGCUCAGCAAAUCAAUUUUUACAUGGGAGUGUUUGUGGUUUACCUCUGCUGGGAAUUAAACCAUCACUUACAUCAGGUGCUGCAUACAAAAAGGUUUACAUUUGCACCACCAAAAGGAUCAGCAGCAGCGGAAACAAAUCCAAGUGAACCUCUUCUUGCAGCGCUGGAGCAGAGCAGACCCAAAUCCCUUGUCCAGUAUCUUGCAUAUCUUGAUCUCUGCAUGGUUUGUGAGAGGAAUGUUGAUAUGUGGCGCCGAAGUGCCUUUUUUGAAGAAACUGGCGAGACUUACAAAAGGGUUAUGGCUGUAUGUUUGAGGCCUCUGGAACAGUUUGCCUCAAAGCUGGGAGAAAGUUUAGAUAGUAGUUCAGUUGACAAGCCAUUUCAAUUAAGUCAUCAGUUAUGGUCACCUGCUGACUCAAGACUAGACUCAAGGCUUCUUGAAAUAUUUUAUGAUUUCCAGCUAUGUGCAUGGUGUGCCCAGACCGUUAGCUCAUUGACUGUACAUUCUCACAAGGAGGACCGGUUUGGAGUUGCUCAACUAUCAGGCAGCAAUAGUGCAGUGACGUCAACGCUGUUAUCUUGCUUAAUUGCAGUCGAAACAUUCAUGGGGAAGAAAACCACUGUGCAAUCUCCGAAUUAUCUCAUGGGGCCAGCUAACAUUAAAUGGGCCACGCUGAGCGCGGGAAGAAGAGAAUCUGCUAUGGUUGUCUCAGCCAGAAGGAGAGCGAGUCCCCUUUACUCAAAAGCAUAUGCUAUGGCCGACGUUCUGAGGACGUCAAUUUACUGCAUUGUGUCUGAGUUUCAUGAUGAGAUGCUGAACAGUGCCAAAGCCGGACUUCUUGAGAAAGAAUGGAUCAUCAGUAGCAAGCCUCUUUAUGGAGCCCCUGAGCUCCUCCUGCAGAAAUUACGCCUUUUCCUGGAUUUUCAAGCUUAGCCAGUAGCUUUGUUUUUUUAAGGGCCUUUAUUUUUCUUUACUUGUUAAUUUACGGGAGAGAACCCCCUAUUUUGAGGGAGGCAAUUCUACUAAAAAAUCCAGAAUAGUGAUGUGCCGGAGGGUUCUUUUUCUUCUUUUUUUUUUCACCCCAAAUUCCUAUGUCGGACAAUUUUUUUUUA